GGGGCAAGGCUGGGAUUUGCGGAGAAGGUUCAAGGCCAUGAAGGGGGAUCCACGUGAGGUCCCCCCCAUGGCCUGCUGCGGGCAGGGGGUGCUGGCCCGAGGCCGGCCCUUGUGGGAUCGGAGGGAUGGGUGGGGAGCAGCAGGAAGGCGGCAGGGCUGCAGCAGGACGGGGAUGCAAACACCCAUCCGCACUGCAGCUGGGGAGCGAGCGAGCGGAAGGACGAGCGCCCGUGCUGGGGGCCAACCGGCAGCUUUUGUCUCCACAGCUCCUGCUGCCCUUCACCAUGUGCCAGCUGGCGGCCGUGGAGGAGAGGGCCGUGGCGUGCAUUGGCAGGCUGCUCGCCUUCACCAACACCUGCUCCUUGCCAGAGCUGUGCUCCUGCUUCAUGGGAACCGCCGUCUUCCAGCACAGGUGCCAGGAGAACCAACGCUUCCCUGUGCUGGGGAAGCUGGCCGGGCACCUCAUCCUCUCCUGCACCUCCACGAAUGAGAGGACCAGAGACGAGGCGAUGAAGGCUGUCCAUCAGCUUUUCACCUUCAUCACCACCCCAAGACUGUCGCUGGAGCAGAAGGAGCCCAAGGUGCCACAGCUCUGGGAGAGACAGCUUGCUUUGCUCCACCAGGAGCCUUCUCAUGAGAAGAGAGCCACUACUAUCUUUCAGGUCCUUAUGAAAUACCUCCUGCACCCAGAAACGGUCAACGUCUUACUCACGACCAUCGAGAGCAUGACAGUGCCGAGCCUCCACAGCACCGGGCUGGCUGCCCACAUGGUGGACAUGCUCACGGCAGAGGCUCGCUUCCCUCCACGGCAGGUGCGAAAGAUCAUGAAGACCAUCUACAACAGCCUGCCUUCCAUCAGAGACAAGGCAGCUCUCAAGAGCCUGGGCAGGGCCCUGCUCGUGCUGACCAGCAAAUUCCCCAAGGAGAUGGUUAGCAGCCUGCUGGUCUGCUCCCCCACCUGCACCAGGUACAGGGCCCACAGCCCUUGGGGCUCCUCUCCCUUCCCUUCCCCACCCCACGGCUGUCAGCCAGGCGAGGGCAGCCACGCUGACAGCCCUGGGGACCUGCAGGGUCGCUGUCACCAUGUGGAGGGAAAUGCUCUCGGAGCCCCCGGCUGUGGAGAAGGCGCUGCAGGAGCUGCUCCGAGUGCUGAUAAACCAUUCUCAGCAGCAGUCAUCACCGUUCAUCAAGGACUGGCCACGCGUCCUUGCCCUGGCCGCAGCAAGGAUCCUACCGGAGAUACUCCAGCUGCCUCUGGUCUUGAAGGAGGCCCAGGCCAUCUUCCCAAAGCUCUUCCUGGCCCUCCUCCUGCAAGUGUCCUUCACCACCGAGCUGACACAGCAGGAGGUGGAGAUCUUCUGCGAGGAGCACCAGCAGCACCAGCUCACUCCCAUCAGGUCCGCGGUGCAGGCCUUGAAGGUGCUGCUCUGCAGCGUGGGCCUCCAGAGGCAGAUGGAGGCCAUCCAGGAGCAGGGUGGCUGGGACGCGCUUCUCAGCACCGUCACCCACCUCCAGGGCGUGCAGGUGGUGGCCAGGGCCAUGAGGGAACAGACAACAAAGUCUGCUCACCUUACUAAAGCAACUUGUCAUAAAAGCAUCAUUUUACUGCAGAGAACUGCAGAGGAAAGCUGCCGUAAGAAGUAAGGACUCCAAUUACAUUACUAUCAAUAUUUUAGGUCUGAAAGACAGAUGUGGGAGCUCUUCAACCUUCCUACAAAUGAACGCCACCAUUUAAAAUGCACUGUCAAUACUGCAAUAUCCCUUCUAAAUAACAACAGCAGAACUGUUUGAUCUCUAACAUAGAUUUAUAUAUACAGACAGGACUUGGGAUAAAAUACUUUUUAAAUUCAAGUCAAUGUCAGUUCAGAAGCACAGUUUCAUUACUUCAAUAAAAGCAGU